GAAAUGGCGGAAGGCAAUGGCGAACUGGUAGAGGACAUCAAUCAAAAAUCAGAAGAUCGCGGGGAUGGUGAAAGAACGGAAGAUUACCCAAAACUGUUGGAAUAUGGCUUAGAUAAAAAAGUUGCCGGCAAACUCGAUGAUAUUUACAAAACAGGUAAAUUAGCGCAUGUAGAAUUAGAUGAGCGCGCACUCGAUGCGCUCAAAGAGUUUCCGGUUGAUGGUGCCUUGAAUGUAUUGAGUCAGUUCCUCGAAUCAAAUCUGGAGCAUGUAUCGAAUAAGUCUGCGUAUUUAUGUGGUGUUAUGAAAACCUACAGACAAAAAAGCCGCGCCAGCCAACAGGGAGUGCCAGCGCCAGCGGCCACAGUUCCAGUUAAGGGACCGGAUGAGGAGAAAAUCAAAAAAAUUCUCGAAAGAACUGGCUACUCCUUAGAUGUGACCACUGGUCAGCGCAAAUAUGGUGGACCGCCACCCAAUUGGGAUGGUCCAACACCCGGCAAUGGCUGCGAAGUUUUCUGUGGGAAAAUUCCAAAAGAUAUGUUUGAGGAUGAAAUUAUACCGUUAUUCGAGGAAUGCGGUACAAUAUGGGACCUCAGACUAAUGAUGGAUCCGAUGACGGGUACAAAUCGUGGAUAUGCAUUUGUUACCUUCACGACGCGUGAAGCAGCCUCAAAUGCCGUACGACAGCUCGAUAAUCACGAAAUAAAACCUGGCAAGUGUCUAAAAAUUAACAUUAGCGUACCGAACCUGCGCCUAUUUGUAGGCAACAUACCCAAGUCGAAAGGCAAAGAGGAGAUAUUAGACGAAUUUGGUAAAUUAACAGGUAAAUUCAAAAUGAAAUUUUUUUCUAAAAUUAAAUUUUUAUAAAUAAAACAUAAUUAC